AUGACUCUCAAUGCGAACCCUUCCCUGGUCUCUCUGGUUGCGCCAGUUUCGAGGCUCUUCGCGUCCAACGACGAGCCAACACCCCAAGAAAGAAUCCUCGUGACUGCCGCUAUCUCUGCUGCGGAACAAGAGGUUUCAUUGCGAAGGUUUUCUUCAACACCCGACAGGAAGACCUGGUACCAGCAGGAUGCUGCACUCGAAUCGUUUCUACGGGUACAUAAAGCCCUCCUUUCAUCUGUUCGACUUCUUCCGUUCGAAAUCCUGGUCAUUAUAUUAACGUAUGUCGCCAACGACCCGAACGUCGAUCUCCAUAACCCACCGUACCGACUUGGACACGUCUGCCGCCUCUGGCGCAACGUUUGUCUCUCCAUCCCCGAAAUCCAUUGCGUUUUACCCCCACUGCGUCUCACGAAGCGGAAUAAGAAACUCGACGUCGGCCAGCAUCUCACCACUACACUAGUAUCGGUGUCCUUCCAGUUGGGCGGACUCGACAGCUCCGGUCUACACCCAGCCGCCCUGUGGUACUUCAAAUCGUCCGGACGGUGGAAAUCCGUCUCUCUACAGCUCCACCGAUCGUCUUUCCAAGCUAUAUCGUCCAAGAUACUCAAUCGAGUGUCGAGACUCGAGACUUUGCACCUUGACAUCAAGCACAAGCCUCAGGAAAUGUCGAGACAAGUUGGAUCUUUGGACGCCUUCCAGGAUGCACCUGCACUCCACGACGUUCAUAUAGAGUGCAUGGUACCAAUCUUCCUCAAGCUCCCUUGGAAGCAGCUGAAGAGGUACAGAGAACGCUCCUCCCACCCCAUCGGGAUCGUCCCAGCCCUCCGCGAUGGCGCCCUUUCUCUCGAAUGCCUCACGUGGAUUGGCAUUCAUUCCGGGCCCAACCCACUCCCAACCUUAAACUCUCUGGUGCCGUAUCGUCUCACCCAUCUCGACCUCGUCAUGUACGGCGGGUCCUUGCACACCAUCAUCAACAUGAUCGACACGCCGAAGCUCCAAGAGCUCAGGGUACGCGACACCGUGAACCCGAACGCUCUCACCGACAUUACGUCCAUGUUGAGACGUUCGUUCGCAGGAAUCUCCAUCAGAUGUCUCUCUCUAUACACCGGCCCUCCUCGCCAGGAUCGAGGUUGUCUGGCGGACCUUCUCCGCCGCAUGCCGCAGCUCGUCGAGUUGGAAUGUAACAAUCUCUCGACGGAGGACCUAAAGCAAGUUCUGGGAGAUGCUUCUGGGGGUUCACUGGUUCCACAUUUGCAAAAACUCGUCGUCUACGACCCAGUGGAGUUGAUUCUGCCCAUUGUCAACCAGAUCAUCGACCAACGCUCCCGCCCGUUAAGCGUCCAACUCGAAGUCGUGCGAUUGGUCUUCGCAAACGAGAAGGCGUGCGAUAGUGCGCGUUGCAACCUCGAUAUUGUUGAAUUGAGCAAUAAGAAACUACACAAAGUGUUUUCCAAAUUUCUCAGCGAGUUAGCAGGGCUAGUCGAAUUCUACCAGUCGGGUGGUCUUCACGGGCCCGUGCAGCCUUUGACAGAGUGGAGAGCUGAAGUGAAGCUCCACGGCGUUUUGACUGGGUUAGAGAAUUUUGAGAUCAAAGACCCGAAUAUGAUAGAGGUUCGUCCUGCACUUUUCUCCUCCUCCUGUGCGAACAGUUUACGCCGUGCCUCGAUCCUUCGCAUCGACAGGCCAGAGCCUUGA